CUCCUUCACACACCCUCCCGGACUUCUGCUGAGGUUCCUGGAGGGCGGGAGGGGAGGGGACGGGAGGGGAGGAAGGAGGCGAGCCGGCCGCAGCGCGCAGGCGCAGAGCCGGGCUGUGAGGAGCUGCUACUUACUAGCAAGGCCUGUCACAUGAGCCGAGCGCCGGCUGGGCUCCCCCUCCUCCUGGCUGCCUUGUGAAUGAAGCGCUGCGGGUUACCUGGGGCAGUAACUCAGCUGAGUGUCCCGGACGCCUGCGCUCCGCCAGUCCGCGACCGACGUGCUCCGCCACGCUCCUGAUCACGGCGACAGGUUCAGGCCUCAAGUCUCUUGCAGAAAGAGACACCCUGGACAGCUGCUGUUGCCUUAGUCACCCAGCCAAGCCUCCAUACAUCUGAGCCUGGGACUCCAGUCUGUGAGAGGGGAGGAUCAAGAUGGCUAUGUGGCAUGGGGCCAUGGAUCACAGAGGCUUUCAGCACGGGAGUUUCAGCAGCUUCCAGAGCAGCUCCAGUGAUGAAGACAUGAUGGACAUCCCAGGGACAGCCAUGGAUUUCUCAAUGAGAGAUGAUGUUCCUCCCUUAGAUGAAGAAAUAGAAGAGGACAGGUCAUACAAUGGUGGAGGAAUAAGUUAUUCCAAUAGGAUAAUGGACUUCUUGGAGGAGCCAAUCCCUGGCGUGGGGACCUAUGAUGAUUUCAAUACCAUUGACUGGGUGAGAGAGAAGUCCCGAGAUCGGGAUAGACACCGAGAGAUUACCAAUAAAAGCAAAGAGUCAACGUGGGCCUUGAUUCACAGUGUGAGUGAUGCUUUCUCCGGCUGGUUGUUGAUGCUACUUAUUGGGCUUUUAUCAGGUUCAUUGGCUGGCUUGAUCGAUAUCUCUGCUCAUUGGAUGACAGACUUAAAGGAAGGGAUCUGCACUGCGGGAUUCUGGUUUAACCAUGAACACUGUUGCUGGAACUCUCAGCAUGUCACCUUUGAAAACAGAGACAACUGCCCAGAGUGGAACAGCUGGUCCCAACUUAUCAUCAGUACAGAGGAGGGAGCCUUUGCCUACAUUGUCAAUUAUUUCAUGUACGUCCUCUGGGCUCUCCUGUUUGCCUUCCUUGCUGUGUCUCUUGUCAAGGUAUUUGCUCCUUAUGCCUGUGGCUCUGGAAUCCCUGAGAUAAAGACCAUCUUGAGUGGUUUCAUUAUCAGAGGCUAUCUGGGUAAGUGGACCCUGAUUAUCAAAACCAUCACCUUGGUGCUGGCAGUGUCCUCUGGCUUGAGUCUGGGCAAAGAGGGUCCCCUAGUCCAUGUGGCUUGCUGCUGUGGGAACAUCCUGUGUCAUUGCUUCAACAAAUACCGGAAGAACGAAGCCAAGCGCAGAGAGGUCUUAUCAGCUGCCGCAGCAGCCGGUGUAUCUGUGGCCUUUGGGGCACCUAUUGGUGGAGUAUUAUUCAGCCUUGAAGAGGUUAGCUACUAUUUCCCCCUGAAGACAUUGUGGCGUUCUUUCUUUGCUGCCUUGGUGGCAGCAUUUACACUGCGAUCCAUCAAUCCCUUUGGGAACAGCCGCCUGGUUCUGUUUUACGUGGAGUUUCAUACCCCGUGGCAUCUCUUUGAGCUUGUACCCUUUAUUCUACUGGGCAUUUUUGGUGGCCUGUGGGGAGCUUUGUUUAUCCGCACAAACAUUGCCUGGUGUCGGAAGCGUAAAACCACUCAGUUGGGCAAAUAUCCUGUCAUAGAGGUCCUCACUGUCACGGCCAUCACUGCUGUCCUGGCUUUCCCCAAUGAAUACACCCGCAUGAGCACAAGUGAGCUCAUUUCUGAGCUGUUUAAUGACUGUGGGCUUCUAGAUUCUUCCAAGCUCUGUGAUUAUGAGAAUCGGUUCAACACAAGCAAGGGGGGUGAGCUGCCUGACAGACCAGCUGGUGCGGGAGUCUACAGUGCCAUGUGGCAGCUGGCCUUGACGCUGAUCUUGAAAAUAGUUAUUACCAUUUUCACCUUUGGCAUGAAGAUCCCUUCUGGCCUCUUUAUUCCUAGCAUGGCUGUUGGUGCUAUAACCGGUCGACUUUUAGGAGUAGGAAUGGAACAACUGGCUUAUUACCACCAUGACUGGGCCAUCUUUAAUAGCUGGUGUAGCCAAGGAGCUGACUGCAUCACCCCAGGGCUCUAUGCGAUGGUUGGGGCUGCAGCCUGCUUAGGUGGGGUGACCCGGAUGACUGUGUCUCUUGUUGUGAUAAUGUUUGAACUAACUGGUGGCCUGGAAUACAUUGUGCCCCUGAUGGCCGCAGCCAUGACAAGCAAAUGGGUGGCAGAUGCUCUUGGGCGAGAGGGCAUCUAUGAUGCUCACAUUCGUCUCAAUGGAUACCCAUUUCUUGAAGCCAAAGAAGAGUUUGCUCAUAAGACCCUGGCAAUGGAUGUGAUGAAGCCCCGGAGAAAUGACCCGUUGUUGACUGUCCUUACUCAGGACAGUAUGACUGUGGAAGAUGUAGAGACCAUAAUCAGUGAAACCACUUACAGUGGCUUCCCUGUGGUGGUGUCCCGGGAGUCCCAAAGACUUGUGGGUUUUGUUCUCCGACGGGAUCUCAUUAUUUCCAUCGAAAAUGCUCGAAAAAAACAGGAUGGAGUUGUAAGUACUUCCAUUAUUUAUUUCACUGAGCAUUCUCCUCCUAUGCCACCAUAUACUCCACCUACCCUGAAGCUUCGGAACAUUCUGGAUCUUAGCCCCUUCACUGUGACAGAUCUUACACCCAUGGAGAUCGUCGUGGAUAUCUUCCGCAAGCUGGGACUACGACAGUGUCUGGUUACACACAAUGGGCGGUUACUUGGAAUCAUUACCAAAAAGGAUGUGUUAAAGCAUAUAGCACAGAUGGCGAACCAAGAUCCAGAUUCCAUUCUGUUCAACUAGAAUCACUGGGUUGUGCCGGAUAUGAAACAGGAAGGACACUGUAGACCGUGGAUAUUCUAUAUUAACUGGGUACCCCAAACACCUUUCCUAUAUUUGGAUGGUGAAUUCAUAUUAAUGUGUUGUCUCUUUCUUGCCAGUUAACCAGUUGCACUACAUAAUCUCUGAAAAUUUAAUGUUCUCUUUUGGGGGAAAUGCAAUUAGGCUUCUGUGACAUUACAUUAAGAAGAUUUCAUGAAAGAGUAAACAAGGUUACUGUGGUUUCCUUCUUUUUGUCCUCAGAAAGGGUAUUUUUAAUUUUUAAAAGAGUAAUUGCUAAUCAAUAUGCAAUCACUAUAAACUAUGCAAGAAAAAUUCCAAGCGUCCAGUCCUGACCUGCAGGAAACUCAUGAAAAAGUCACUUUUCUGGGACUCUUGUCACUGGUGUAAGAUGAAGUGUAGACCUAGGGGCUUUGCCUUUCCAACCACAGAAAGGAAGGCCAGAAGGAAAAAAAUGGUGAUAGUAUUUUCCAGACUGUGAACAUUCAAUUCAAAUGUCAUAUCGUUCCUGUUACAAUACUUAGCAUUAUUUGUUUGUGUAUGUUAAUUUUAAUAUCGGAUUAUAAAACAGUGCUGCUUUGGUUGAUCUCUUCUACAUGAAUUUAGAGAGGUUGACUUUUAUAGCUUGCUUAUUCCUGGUACUCUUUUGAAGUGCACAAAGAUAAAGGUAUAGAGCUUUUUUCCUUGUCUGCAAAAAAAAAGGGGGGGGGGCAAUUCUGCAGGUGGGUGUUUGUUAACUAGUGAACAACGACUUUACCAUGGAUUCGUUCAUAGCAAGGAGUGAUUUCUUCAGUCUCCUUGAAAGCAAUGGCUGAUACAUUUAUAAGCAAAGUCACUGAGUGGAAAUUUCACCUGUUUGUGAGGUCUCAAGUAAUCCUCUUACCCAGAUGCCACCUCCAGAAAUGAUGGUGCUUUUUGGCUUCUGGAAUAUGUAAUAAUCAAGGGAAGUCUAGACGGCAUACUGGUAGACCAGGGAUGGUCCUGAGCUCUAUCUGCAUAUUCUCAUGCACUCCUUUGUAAUGACCACCAGUACCAAAAUACCUGGGCACUUUUACCUUCUCCCAGUGUUUAGUACUUCUAACAGGCCAGCGUUGUCCCUAUGAACGUGAAUUCAGAUUCGGGGGUAAUUUCAAAUCCAUUCAAGGUAUUAGAAUUGGAUAGGCAGCUGUUGACUCCCUGAAGCUCCUUAGAAUUCUAAAUAAAAGUCAGAGCCAUCCUAAGAGUCAGGGAUAAGAACAAGGCCUGCUGACACCAAAGGUGCUUGUACUGAAUUGAAAAGGUGCCUGUCACAAUUUCCUACCACCUUUACCACAGUAGAAGAUAUCACGCUAUAGGGACACCUGGUGGAAUCACAGAGCCACUAUUAUUCCGACCACUGUUUCGUUUUCUACAGUUUUCCACAUGUGCAGUUAUUCCCCCUCCAUCCUUUUCCUCUUCCCACUCUUCAUUUGUCCUUAACUUUUGGGAUGGAAUAUGAUGACUGGUUAAUCAUUCCUAUUAGCAAAAAAGAACUUCCAGGGCUCGUUGAAUUGUAAACCAAGGCUCAGCAUUCUUCCAGCACAUGGGCCAGAGGUGACAGAUCUCUGGGCUUUGCUGUACAGCCCCCUUUGCUACUGCUGUCAUGCUCCAUUUCCACUCUGAUGCCCACAGCAGUGAGAUUUAGCUGCCAGGGAUUAGAGUUCAGCCUUUUCCCUUAUAUAAACCUGUUCCCAGUUCUUCACUUUCCUUGCAGCCUAGAAUCAGUGGUCUCUCAAAACCUCUUCCCCCACAUCUUCCUCUUCCUUCCCAAACAACUCAUUCUACUUCAUUUUAAGAGUUGCUGAUUCCUAAUUCUAGGUUUCUGGUGUUUUUUUUUUUUUUAACACCCCCCCCCCGCCAUGGGUUCUUAUCUUUAUAAAAUCUGGAAGUCUUUCAUUGCCCACAAUUUGGUAGUCUAGGCUUAUUUUGAUUUGUUUGUUUAAAAUAGCAAGGCAUCAGAGUUUCUCCUUGUCAACAUGUCAGUUAGCAUUUUAAUGAAAAGGGAAAAAGAACAAACAUACUCUGGGGUAUGGGGUAUGUCACAUCAUAGUCAUAACUCAGUGGCUUUAUAAACUUUGUUGUUGUUGUUGUUCCUUCCAUGCUUCUCAUUCUCACGUGAUGAGUCUUGUUGCCUUACCACUCCUAUAUACCAUGUAGAAGUCAAAGUUCUUAUCUGUGUAUUUCUAGUUCACCACCUGCCUGUCUUGUCUUAUUAGCUGCCCAAGUAAACAUCUACAAAACAAGAAAUGUUAAUAUUUCUGGUAUCUGAUGACACUGGAAAGCUUUGGUUGUACUUCAUAAUGCAGCAGUCAUGUGGAGAAUGUCUAUCUUUGCAUUCUGUGUUUUUCCUAGGAUAUUUUUUUUUAUUUUAGACAGGUGAGCCAGUGUUAAGGUGCUACUUCAGAGAAUAAAUUUAAGAAAUCAGAUAACACUGUGCCAAGGUAUACUUUCUAGAUGCUCAGCACCGAUUGGCCCUCCAGAGAAUAUAUCUUUGAUACCUCACUCCUGAUAAAUUUCAUUCAUUAACCUCAGCUUCUCAGGAAUCCUUAUAAUUCACAUGCUAAAAAUAGUUAUGGUGUAUGCUAUCCAUUAUAUGUCUAGUCCUAUGGUUUGGCUCAAAGGUUGACUAAUUGUGGCUAAAGUUCUUUGCUAGGCUUCUAGCUCAGCACCUUAACACUUAGUUAGUUGUCUUGAGGCAAAGGAAAAUGUUAUUUCCACUGUUGCCAAUUUAGCAGUUGGACAUACUUAAUCAGCUACACAAACCAUGCAGGGACAUCUGUCAGUAGCCUCAAAUGGCCACAUACCUCAAUAGCAAAAGACUAGAUCACCUGUGAUUUAAAAGUGAACAUGAGUUGAGACUAGUGUCUUUUUGUAUUAAAAAAGAAAUACAACUGUCUGGAACAAGAUAACAGUUUACAAAAGAAUGUCAAUAAGUGUUUCAAGAGAAUCGGGGUUUUCUAUAGGGAAGGAUAGCUCAUAGACAUCCAGCCAUGAAAGGAAUUGAGUCCAUAGAUUUGUAUGAAUCUAACUGUUAGACCUGGAGUGUUCAUGUAUCUCAUGUAAAGCAUUAAAGAAGCCAAAGCAGUUGAUGAAUGUUAUGCCAGGGGAGGGCAGAAGCAAGGGGCUGAAAAUAUCAACCAAUGGCCACUUGUGAUAUCUGUUAAGUUGGGUGUUUGUUCAGAAGCUGACCUCUUUCUUUGACUCUUGGCUCAGCCCACUGUGAAGUCGGGGUGUUAUAAUGCACAGGACACAUAUCCUUGGGUAGACAGUAUAACUUUAAUGGUACUUGGGAUUUACCAAUGUACAGAGCUAACAGUUUGUAGAUUGAGCUACCCAACAAUUAAUUGUUUUAGCGACAGACGCUGAAUGUGAACCCUUGAAAGGAAGAUCAGAGCACAGUGUAAAUCUCUGUAGCAACUCUUGAAUGCUGUUCAAUCAUGAGAAUGAUAAAGCAAUAGGAACUUGGUUUAUGUAGUUUCUGGCUGCAAAGUAAUUCUCAACCAAGAUCUUAAGAAUCUGAGUGUCUGGGGGUGGGUGGGGGAUUGAGGGGGAGCAAAUACAUUUUUAAAAAACUUUGUGUGCAAUAGAAUCAGCCAUGGAAAGUAAUCAUUGCUAUGAAUUUCAUAUAUUUCAAUCACCUGUCCCUAUUGGGGCUUGCUCUUUAUUUAAUUAGUGAGAAUUAGGAAAGUGGUGGACUUUUUAACACACACACACCCCUCCCCAGUAUCAUUCAUUUUUUAAAGACAUUGCCAAGAGUGCAAUUUGUGAAGGUAAGUUUUUACUGAUGAUAGUGGAGACAAGACUGAGAAUUUAAAAAUGACUGGUGUAUUUUCUGUUGCCAAAGAAUCACAUUGUAUGUGAGGAAUCAGUUUACUUAUGCUGGAUCAAAGUCAAAUGGAGACCACCCAUCUGUCCAUUCAAAGAAAGCAGAACACCUGGUGUGACAACUCAAAGAGUAUUGAGCUCUUAGAGACCCUGAUAAAGAUCAGGAAUUUUUAAAGAAAAUGUAAGGUAGAGUCUUAGGUUCUUCUAAGAUUUUUUAAAAAUAUACUUUAAAAAAUGUGAUCUGAACUUAAGUAUCCUAAAACUGUGAUUCUUCUUUCUUUCUUCCUUUCUUUCUCCUCCUCCUCCUCCUCCUCCUUCUUCUUUAUUUUUUAAAUUUUGUUUAUUGAUGCCAGGUUUAUCUCUGGGACUCAGUGGUGCCUGCACUAUGAAUCCACUGCUCCUGGUGGCCAUUUUUUCUUUCUACUUUUUUUAUUAGAUAGGAAAGAGAGAAAUUGAGAGAGGAAGGGGAGAGAAAGAUAGAUACCUGCAGACCUGCUUCACCAUUCAUGAAACACCCCCACACACACAGAGGUAGGGAGCAGGAGCUCAAACCCAAGUUCUUAUACUUAGUAAUAUAUGCACUUAACCCUGUGUGCCACCACCUGGCCCACAACUAUGCUUUUUCAGGCCACCUUUGGAGUUACCUGGGUACUCUUUGCCAAGGGAAUUGGAAGGUAUAGCAGUGGGAAAGUUUUAGUAAGAAAAUACAUAAGUUCUUAUAAAAUGUCAGGAGGUAAGUUAAUUAUUCUAUGCCCGCCCCCCUGGAAAAAAAACCCAACUAUCCAUCCUGGAAUUUAUGAACUGCCAAACUUGUGUCUCAAGGGGAGAAAAAGUCAAGGUGUCUCCCAGAGAUCAGACUGCUGAGAAAAUGAGAGACUCAAAGCAGCAAUGGGCAGGACACAGCCAGGAGCGCCAGCCUGAGGCAAGACAUCCGUGCGUGACCCAGGAUGGCAUCCACUACCAUUUGCCUGUAUGACAGGAGUCAGGUAGAUUGUGUUCUAUCUUAAUAGCAAAAGGGAUUUUUUAAAAAGUAUUUUUCAGCAUUCUUAGUAUAACCUUGUACAUGAAAAAAGGUUGAGAAUUUUGACCAGGAGCUCAGGGAGCUGUGUCAAGUUGAAGUGAUAUUGGUGUAUCUUGGGCCCUUGGUAACCACUCAUCUGGGCUUUGCCUCAAUUUUACUUGUUUGCUCCAAAAACAGAGGUUGUUGGAAUCCUUGGGCUAGCAGCUUCUCCAAUACCGAUCUUCUCCACUAUCCCCCUGCUCCAGUCUCAUUUUGCAAACAUCUAGAUCUGGGCAAAGGGUUGAAGUGAUGUUGAGAGUAGAAGAAAGUCUUUCACUGUAUGGUCUGAUGUUGCCAGAUUGACCCAGGCAAGAGAGAAAAUCUGUGAUGGGCAAAACUUGCACUUCUUGGAUGGGACCUAUCAGGCUGCCCCAACCCGGUCCUGCCAUCAUAACUUCCUACCUCUAAAUUCCUUCCAAAGGGGGUUCAGUCUGUGUGCAUACUCACUCAGCCAAUGCCUCACCUGAAGAUUGGCCUGGUGUGGAGAAAUUCCAUGUGAUGAUAUAAAAAUAGGUGGACACCAAAAACAUGUAUAUCUCUACCUCUCACUCUCUUUCCUCUCUGUGUCUUUCAUUUUUCUCAAACCUCACCCCCCCACCCCCAAAUUCUCCAUGCCCAGAAUUUGGAGUUUUCUCAAAACAACAAAAAGAAUUUGUUUCCAGUAUGGCCCCAGGGGUAGGGAGAAGAUUAUUCUGAAACUACAAUAUAGAAGAUACUUCCACAUUGAUGGGGCCAAAUUGGGGAUGGAGGGGGGCUUUGCCCCACUGUGGGAGCUAACACUAAUGAUGAUUGUUGGUUAGGUUUGAGGACUUUAGCAUCUCAAGGUAGCUAUAAUGAAAUAUCAAUUAUUGUACCUGUAAUGAUCUGUUCCAAAUCUGUUGAGAGUCAGAAGCGAGUUAGGAUUUGAUCAGGGAUGUGCUACCUGGCAACAUGGGGCCAAGGGUUUUCCAGAGUGGUGGUAUUGAGUCGGUCUCCUUAUCAUGUUAAGUGUACCUGAAAAUAUAUGGUCCUUCAGGAGUACUCCUUUCCCCUCCUCCAAGUCACUUUAUCCCUUCUCCUUUCUUCCCUACCAAUUGUCCCCAUUUUUAUUAUUACUCCGCUUUUAAAUAAGGAGUCACCUUUUUAAAAAUUAUAUAUGCAGUCCUUUGGGAUGAUAUAAUUCCAUUCUGGGUUAAAAAAAUUAUGUGUUUAAGAUUUUGUUCUUUUUUACUGUCUUUUGAAGCUAUGCUGCUAACCAGGUACAGGCCAGAAAGGAAUUGAUCCUGCCAGACAGUCCUCUGGCCUCAUCACCCAAGGAUGACACAAAUGUGAUGGUGAUUCUUGUUCAUUUGACCAAGGCCAGCUCUUACCUCUGACCAUUUGUUUCUGGCUAUGGGAAAAAUAACCAUCCUUUGGGUGAGCCAAUAAGGCUAGAAAGAUCAGAGGGACUAGGUUCCAGCCUAUGGGCCACUAUUUUAGUAGCUUUGUAUUAAGCUCAUUGGUAGGGCCAGCUCCAACUGCAGUAGCCAAAGAAAACCUGUCUGGGUUGUCAGAAAAAUCACAAUGCAGUUUUUGCAUAGAAAACUACAGUGUGACUUUUCCAAUAGCCCAAUAGUUUUGGACAGUUAGUGAAAGCUCUUCUGAAACUAAUGGAUCGACAUCAGCAGUAGCUAGGCAUCUGGAAACUAGCAUCAACCAAAGCUAACAUCACCUGAGUUUCCAUAGGAAGCUUGGUGCUGAGCUGUUCAGAGUAAUGAUUUCUCCGAGCAUUGCCAACCCUUUUGUUACACUUUCUUAGCUUUAUCCUAACAUUUAGAGACUUUGGUCUCUGUUCAUAGGCACAGUCUGUACCAAGCUGUGGCUCACUGCUCACUUCUUUCUGCUCCCUGGUCAUGCUUAGCAGUAGACUUAGAAAGGAAGACAUGGGCUGGGGAGUUUGGGGAUGUGGUUUCUAUUCCCUAUGUAUCUACUAACUAGCCUCGAGAUCUUAACCGCUCUGUGCCUCCGUGUUCCCGUCUGCGAAAUGGGGAUAAUGUUAAUUGUGCUACCUACCUCACAGGGUUGUUGUGAGGAGAAACUGAGACAAUGAAUGGAACAUACUUUGACAAGUAAGUGCUAUGCAAAUUGGAAGAAACAGAAAUAACCAUGCCAAAGGCAAUGGAAUGGACAUUGACACAAGGGUUGAUGGGAUUGUCCAGCCCUUUCUUUGUGUAGCUUAAACCUAGGUUGCCAUUGCUUUAUACAUUUUCACUUAGCACAGAUUUGUCAUUAUGCAUGUAAUAAAGCACAGCCUUAUCCAA